GGAAAAGAACGUCCAUUAACCAACAAAUUUUGUGACUUCACCCUUCCUACGCGCUUAUCUUCUCUCCUCCUCACUUCACACCAUCGCCCCUCUUCCAUCUCCUCCUGUUCUUCAUCACUUCUUUCCAGAUAGUUUGAUCAGCUGAUUUUUGGCCUUCCGACUGUACGGUUGAUCAGAUUGAAGUUAGUUGCUGCAGUUUCUUUGUUGCUUGGUUUUCCUCUGAUAAUUGAAGAUCCUGUUAGAAUUUUUCCUUUUUGUUUGAAGAAAGUGGCGGUGUGUGUUUUGUUAGCGGCAGAACUUUGUUAAGCUUGGCUAUUAUUUAAGAGCAGGAUUCCAAAAUCUGCAGAAGAAUAUAUAAGAAAGCAAGCACCAUUAAGUAAAAAAGAUUGAAAGGGAAGUUGAUGCAAGAAAUGAAGGGAAAUGGAGAUUCACGUGUUGCUCCUACACUUUAAGAUUAAAAAGAGAGGCAUAUUCAAUAAGUUGAUGGCUAGUUUGCUCAAUCCUUCUUGAGCAAACAUUUGGACUUUGAAAAUGCAUCUCCUUCAUUUCUUCAGGUCUGAUUGCAGGGAUGCUGGCUAUCUCUAAGAUCAUUGAAGCAACUGGAAGUCUCCUUCCAGGUUAUGACACCUGGGAAUUGCCAAACUUCUUCUUCCUAUUUCUGUUUGGUCUUACCAUUUUAACUUUGCUGCAACAAUAGUUAUUGGUACUGUUAUCUAGGGAGUAGAAAUUGUGAUUCAGUUUGUUUGCAUGGCUGUUUCUAGAUGUGGUUCAUGUAUUUCUUGUGGCAUUGUUGGAUGGGCUUUAUGCUGAUUGAGGUUACAUACAUAGAGGGAAUCAGACGCUCUUAUAAUGGAACAGUCAAGCAGUCAGAAGUACUUCCCAUACAAUUCCAUGGAAACUGGAAAUGGAAAUGAUGAAUUCCAUUCUGCUUCUCAGGCACUUAUGCUAGAGUCUAUAAGCAGCAUGAGUAUGAGUAUGAGACCUCAAAAUAUAAAUGUUCCUGAAAUAAAACCUGUGCUUAAUUACUCAAUCCAGACAGGUGAGGAGUUUUCUCUUGAAUUUAUGCGUGAUAGGGUACAUAUUCGAAAGCCUUCCAUUCCAGAUGCUGUGGGUGACCCUAAUUAUACACCAGGUUGUAUGGAACUAAAAGGAAUUUUGGGUAUCGAUCAUAGAGGAUCUCAAAGCAGUUCAGAUAUUUCAAUGCCCACCACAAUUGAGAAAGGUCCGAAAGAGACUAACAGACACAACUCAUCUCUUCACGAUGACAGAAACAAGUAUGGUUCAGUGCAAGUAGUGCCGCAAUCUAAACCAUGUUAUGAUCGUAAUCAGGGAACUCCACAUGGUUAUCCUCCAUCUAGAGCCUCUAAAAGCUUAUCCACAAGGAUGAAGGUUCUUUGCAGCUUUGGUGGGAAAGCCCUUCCACGACCUAGUGAUGGAAAGCUGAGAUAUGUUGGAGGUGAAACACGUAUUAUGCGUAUAAGGAAAAACAUUUCUUGGGAGGAGCUCAAGCAGAAAACUUUAGCAAUUUAUAACCAGGCUCAUGUGAUAAAAUAUCAGCUUCCUGGUGAGGAUCUUGAUGCCUUGGUGUCAGUAUCUUCUGAUGAAGAUAUUCACAAUAUGAUGGAAGAAUGUAAUGAACUGGAAGAUGGAGAAGGACCACAAAAGCUCAGAAUGUUUCUUUUCUCUGUGAGUGACUUGGAUGAGGCUGAUUUUGGUCUGGGGAGCAGUAAUGGUGAUUCUGAGAUUCAGUAUGUGGUAGCUGUCAACGGCAUGGACCUGAGAUCUAGCAGGAACUCAAUCCUUCAUGGUUUAGAAAGCACUUCUGCAAACAAUUUGGAUGAACUUGAUAGAAAAAACAUUGAUGCAGUUGGAGUUGCAAGAGAGUCGAUUGGGGUUAGUGCUUCACUGUUGGCUGGAAUGAUGGUCUCAUCAUCACUCGUUCAGUCUUCUCAACCGGUACUCCCAAGUUCCACCAGUGUUGAUGAAACUUAUUCAGAGUUUUUUGGUCAUACCAUGCACCAUAGGGACACCAAGCAGUUUGAAUCAAGUAACCACGAUUCUUCUACUUCUCUUAUAGACAUUUCUAUGUCUAUGCAUCUUCCUGGCCAUGUGAAUCAACGAGAAGUUUUGACUGAAAGACAGCCAUACAAUGGUCUAAAAUCGGACAACCAGCAGGUGCUAGUGCAGGCACUAAAGCCAAAACCUGAUAUAACAGCUGGACAACAGACUAACCUUGAAAGGCGGCAGCCAUUAGAAAAGGAUAACCAACUGCUUUUGCAAGAAUGUGAUGAUAACAUGAUAAAUCGCUGUCCAGUUGAGGAGGUACCAGUGGCAAUCAACUCUGCAAUAGAAGAUCUACAUUUGUUGGCCCCCAGAAAUGAGGCAAAAGUCAUGGAAUCACUAAAGGCUUCUUCCUCAAAUGAUGCGGCAACUAGUGUUGAUGUUCCUAGGUCUGGUAAUGAUGUGCAUCAGUUAUCAUCUAGUAAUGCAUCCGGCCAUGGUUAUGCUCAUCCUGAGUCCAAUUUGAUUGAUUUGAGCUAUCUGGAGCAGCAUGUGCUUCCUCAGAGAGUAUAUUAUUCAGAGAGAAUACCCAGGGAACAGUUAGAGUUGCUUAAUCGAUUAUCAAAAUCCAAUGACUCACUGGGUUCUCAGUUUCUUAUGUCUCACUCACAUUCUGUUAUUGCACAGCAAGAGCCAGCUAAAGAAUCUAAUGAAAAAUCACAUGUUGCUAACCUGAAUAUCCAGCCUGAACCCUCCUCAACUGCAAAGCCAUUGUAUACAAAUUCACCUAGCAUUCAUGAUGGCUUUGUGCAACUUCAAAAUUACAAAGAUGUUACUGAGGCAAUUUCUCGGACUUCAAAGCGUUGGGAGGAACAUUUGAACUCUGAAUUUGAGCAGGUAAUUUCAGGCCCUGUGACUGGUAAUGAUGCUGCAAACAAGGAUACGAUGCUUAAAGUUAAAUUUGAGAAAAACUAUCCUCUAGAAGCUGGAAAUGAAGUUCCUGCUGUGGACCAUGUAGCUUCUACUUCGCAGCCUGAUAUUCAUCCAGUUAAAGCUUCUGUUGGAGUUUCUACUUCUGAGCAGGGAGACAUUGUUAUUAAUAUUGAUGACCAUUUCCCUCCUGAUUUCUUCUCUGAUAUAUUUUCUAAAGCAACGGUUUCUGACGAUUCCCCUGCUAUUCGUACCCUGCAUCAGGAUGGAGCUGGUUUGAGCUGGAACAUGGAAAAUCAUGAACCUAAGCGUUGGUCAUAUUUCCAGAAGCUGGCAAAAGAUGGAUUUGGCCAAAAGGAUGUUUCUUUUAUUGACGAACAUGAUGGAUUUUCAUCACCACAUCCCGAUGUUGAAGGAGAUUGUAAAUUAUCUCAGUUUACACCUAUAAUAAGAGAGGAAGUCAGCUUUAUUGGGGAAGAUAAAAAUGAUUUACCUGCGAGGGCUGGACCUGGCAACAAUGAGAUGCUCUCAAAUUUAGAUCAUUCCCAUGUGAAGGUCACUGAACAUAUGCAGUCUGAUGUUACGAUGGAAAACCUUAGAACACUUGAGUCGGAGUAUGAGGAUUUGUACUCAGGGAAGAUGAUUGGCAAUGCUAGGAUAAGCUCAGGACUAUACCUACUUCAACUCAAUCCUUCUAGAGAACAAACUCACAAUGCUAUCUCUGAGGGGACAAGAGAAAUGAGGCGCGCUGGUCUUCCUCCCCUGGAUCCUUCCCUAGGAGAUUUCGAUAUACAUACCUUGCAGUUCAUUAAGAACGAAGAUCUUGAAGAGCUGAGGGGGCUUGGUUCUGGUACAUUUGGGACUGUAUAUCAUGGAAAAUGGAGAGGAACUGAUGUUGCCAUCAAGAGAAUAAAGAAGAGUUGCUUCACUGGGCGAUCAUCAGAGCAAGAGAGACUAACGGUAGAGUUCUGGCGAGAGGCUGACAUUCUCUCAAAGUUACAUCAUCCAAAUGUUGUGGCAUUUUAUGGUGUAGUUCAAGAUGGACCUGGUGGUACGCUAGCUACUGUGACAGAGUACAUGGUUGACGGAUCCCUUAGACAUGUUUUACUUCAGAAAGAUAGGUACCUUGAUCGCCGGAAGAGGCUAAUAAUUGCUAUGGAUGCCGCGUUUGGAAUGGAAUAUUUGCAUUCAAAGAAUAUUGUGCAUUUUGAUUUGAAAUGUGACAACUUGCUAGUGAACUUGAAAGAUCCAUCUAGACCAAUUUGCAAGGUUGGUGAUUUUGGGUUGUCAAAGAUCAAGAGAAAUACCUUGGUAUCUGGUGGUGUACGGGGAACUCUACCGUGGAUGGCUCCGGAGUUGCUAAAUGGUGGCAGCAACAAAGUCUCAGAAAAGGUUGAUGUGUUCUCCUUUGGAAUUGUCUUAUGGGAGAUUCUCACUGGGGACGAGCCAUAUGCCAAUAUGCACUAUGGUGCGAUAAUCGGAGGAAUUGUAAAUAACACAUUGAGGCCAACCAUUCCAAGCUUCUGUGAUCCUGAAUGGAGAAGGUUAAUGGAAGAGUGUUGGGCACCUAACCCGGCAGCCAGGCCAUCUUUCACUGAAAUAGCGGGUCGGUUACGAGUAAUGUCGGCAGCUGCUAGCCAAACCAAGGGACAUGGUUACAAGACAUCUAAAUAACGACGACAAUGCAACAUCCUGCAUUUCGCUGUCGGUGGCCUGAUUUGUUUGAGAAACUUGUCAAAUGAAUGGUAAAUUCCUUAUGGAGAUGAUAUGGCUCAGUGUUGCUUCCAGAAGUGUCACUAUUUCCGCAUAACCUAAAAGGUCUGCACAUCUUACUCAGUAUCCUUUUUCUCCCUACUCUUCCACCAAGAGAAAAGAUGCCGCCUCUCUUUAAAUUUGGUGGGAAUUUUGGAGAUGGCAUAUAUGUAAUGUAGUAAAUGCUUGAAACUGGAAUAGGUUGUACAUUUAGCAGUCAUUUUCUCCUCUAUAUGGGGACUAUUUAAAAAUAAUUUAUUGUAAAGGAUUAUAAACUAUGUGUAUACAAAAAGUGUUUGUUUGAAGUAAAAGUUUGUUCUGUU